AUGAGUUCAAGAACUAGUUUAUGUUACAAAUGUAAUCAACCAGGUCAUUUUGCUCGAGAAUGUCCAGAUGGUGAUGGUGGUGGCGGCAGUGGUGGACGUGGUGGAUAUAGUCGUGGACGAGGUUCGUACGGUGGUGGUGGUGGUUCAUAUGGAGGACGAGGUGGUUCAUAUGGUGGUUCAGGUCGUGGUGGAGGUUAUGGUGGUGGUUCAUCGUAUGAUAGAUCAGGAGGUACUCGUUGUUAUCGUUGUAAUCAAUCGGGUCAUUUUGCUCGUGACUGUCCAUCGGAUAGUACACAAAGUGUAUGUUAUAAUUGCAAUCAACCAGGACAUAUAAGUCGUGAUUGUGCUGAACCACGUUCGAAUAAUUAUGGUGGUGGUGGUUUCCGUAGUAGUCGAGGUGGCGGCGGCGGUGGUGGCGGAGGUAAUUGCUAUCGAUGCUCGAAACCAGGUCAUUUUGCACGUGAUUGUCCUGAACCGGACACACGUGAUGGACAAAGUGGCAGUGGUAGUGGUGGUGGUAAUAAUAAUCCAUCAAGUCAACAAGAUGACCGUGACGAUGGAAAUUAG